AAGCGAUGUUCGAGGCCGUAAAGGACCGCAAGGGCCUCUACAGGCCGCUUCUGCCGCAGGCCGUAAUCUCCAGAGCCUCGAAGGCGCCGCAGCUAGAGCCGUUGUACCUGGCCGUGUUCCUCAACACCCUCUCGCGGAUCCUCUCCAACACGCCGGCGUUAUGCUUGCGGUUCCAAGAUAUGGCGGCCUCGCGGCAAAUGGAGUUGCCUGAGAUCGUGAUCUGGUUCGGCGUGCUCACGGCGAUGCGCAGUCUGGUGGAGUUGGCUGCCACGCCUGCAUUGGCGUCGUGGUCGGACAGAGCAGGGCGCCGCAAGGCCCUGUCUGUGUGCUGUGUGGCCUGCUUCUUGGAGUGCAUCCUGUUGGCUUCGACGGACUCGUUGCUUCUCUUCAGUCUUGUGCACAUUCUCGGCGGAGCGCUGGCGAGCCACAACGCCAUUGAGGGCAGCUGCGUGGUCGAUGCGACGCCAGGUGGCGGAUGGCAGCGAGGUGUGGCAUUCGAGAAGCUGUUCCUGGUCCUCGGGGCCGCCGUCAUCAUCGGCCCCGCGGUCGGCGGGGAGCUGUCCACGUACAGCCGUGCAGCCCCAUUCGUGGCCGCCGCUUUCGUCAGCGGCCUGGGCUACCUGCACGUGGACCUGCACAUGCCCGAGUACCUGCGUGCCGUCCCGCCGAGUCCCAGCAAUGCCACCAGCAGCCCGCGGGGCGUCAUGUCGACGCUGGCGGCCCUGCAAGGCGCGGCCAGGGGCUUCCGGCAGCUGCUGCGCAGGGACGUGAGGCUCCAGUGGUACGCGUGCGCUUCGGCGCUGAGCAGCAUGGGCAUGAGCGCGUUCCUGUCUGUGAGGACGGUCUGGGCGCGCACCGAGUACGGCUGGGAUGGGCAUGAGAUCGGCAGGGUCGUCGCCUUCUACGGCGUCACGCUGAUGCUGGCGCAGUUCGUGCUGCUGCCGCUCCUCUCGCAUGCCAUGCGCGGGCGCGAGGCUCGGCUGGCGCAGCUGUGCCUGCUGGUGCACGCCGCCAGGUUCACGGCAUAUAGCCUGGCCCCGGGGGGGUCUUGGGUCUACGCGACCCUCAUCUUGAGCGCCGCAGGGAAUUGCAGCGUCCCGGUGUUGCAGAGCUUGUGCUCACGCUGCGUGCCGGAGGACGACCAGGCGCUCCUGUCGGGCGGCGCCUCCGCGCUCAACACCGCCUCCCAGGUGGUCGGAGCCCUCUUCGGAUCUCUGCUCUUCGCCGCCUCGUUGGCGGGCGCCCUCCCCGCAGGGGCUCACCUGGCGCUCAGUGCCCUGUGCUUCGUCCUGUCGGCGCUGUGCAUCGUCCCCACGAUGCUCGCAGAUGCCCGCGCUCAGAGCACCCGCCGUGCGUCGCCCUCCUGGCUGCGGGCGGCAGAGGGCAUGUCGGGCAUGGACGCGAGCCUGGCGGGACCCACCGCGCGGGGCAGCAUGUUGCUGAGGAAGAAGUGGGUGGCGCACAACGGCGCGGCGCUUGAGGUGCCGGCGCAGCACAAGUGA